CAGAAGAAUUUAAGUUUGGGGUGAAAACUGUAACUGCUGGACAAAAUGUCACCCUGACAUGCCCUCGCCAGACCUCUGCUCACUACAAAGAAAAUUUAUACUGGAUCCGCCUCGUUUCUGGAAACCUGCCUCAAUUUCUUGGAGUAUUAUUUAACUUUAUGGAUGUUUCCAAAAUUCCUCGCAUUCAGACAAAACAAAAUGGAGAACAAUUUCAUCUUCAUAUAAAUGACGCUCAGCAAAAUGACACUGGACUUUACUAUUGUAUUAAAGUCAGACAACUGGAUUUCAUAUUUAUCAGCGGAACAUUUGUUAAAAUUAAAGGAGAGGAAUCAGAUGUUAAUGUUGUACUUCAGAAGCAUCCAUCUGUAAGAGUUCAUCCAGUAAACCCAGGGACUUUACAGUGUUCGGUUCUCUCCAAAUCAGACUGGUCAACAUGUCCAGCUGAUAACAGGGUGUACUGGUUCAGAGCUGGAUCAGAUGAUUCUCAUCCUAAUUUUCUUUAUCUACAAGAAAUCAGUAAAGCUGAAUGUGAGAGGAGUCCUGGGGUUCCCUCUGCACAGACAUGUUUCUACAACUUUUCUGAGAUCUCUGAUGCUGGGACCUAUUACUGUGCUGUGGCUGCAUGUGGUCAGAUAUUAUUUGGAAAUGGAGCAAAAAUAAAGGGCAUCCAGAGUGCCAUCAUAGAGGAUUUCUCCAAUAUAGUUCUUUCUUCAUUAAUCUCAGCUUUGGUGAUAAGUCUUGCUAUCAUAUCUUGUCUCAUUUACAAAAUUAAGAAGAAAACAUGUAGCUGUUGCAAAGAUUGUGUCCUGGGCAUUGAUGAUAACCAGAGUCAGCAGAGGGAAGAGAACAUAUUGAUUUAUUCAUCACCACAGUUCAACAUGAACAAGACUGAAAAAGCAAGAAGAAGGAAUCUAAAUCCAGCGCAGGAGGAGAUGGUCGUCACAAAUGUUAUAUAUACUGAUGUUAAAAGAAAUUGAUAGUAUAUGGGUUAUAUACCUAUAGGAUAUAGGUAAUAGGAUAUUAUUUUCUUUAUAAUUGUUGUUUCCCUUUUUAAAAAUGUAUUUAACAAUAGUCUUUCAUCAUUAAAUGUGCAGUAUGCAUAAAUGUUUUAAUCAUGAUUUACUGUAUGUGGACUAA